ACAGCUUUCAUGACGAGGAAUAUUGGGAAAAUUGUUGUCUGUCUGUUCUGUCAUCCGGCUUUUAGUUUCGUUCAAUAUUAAAGAGAUUAGAGCUCUAAAUUAUCCUUCGAAACACGUUGUUUUCAUUCUUUCAUAAUGGCUCGUCGUUAUGAUACUCGUACAACCAUCUUUUCCCCUGAAGGUCGACUUUACCAAGUUGAGUAUGCCAUGGAAGCCAUUGGCCAUGCUGGAACUUGCUUAGGCAUCCUAGCUUCAGAUGGUAUUGUGUUGGCAGCAGAGAGACGCAACACAAAUAAACUCCUUGAUGAGGUGUUUUUCUCUGAAAAGAUCUAUCAACUAAAUGCUGAUAUGGUCUGCAGUGUAGCAGGAAUCACAUCAGACGCUAAUGUUCUUACCAAUGAACUUCGUCUCAUUUCCCAACGCUACCUUCUUCAAUAUGGAGAAUCUAUUCCAUGUGAACAACUGGUCUCCUGGCUAUGUGAUGUCAAACAAGCAUACACUCAGUAUGGUGGCAAGAGGCCAUUUGGAGUAUCACUUCUCUAUGCAGGAUGGGACCAUCAGUAUGGCUUUCAACUUUAUCAGUCAGAUCCAUCAGGGAACUAUGGUGGAUGGAAAGCCACAUGUAUUGGAAAUAACAGUGCUGCUGCAGUGUCAAUGCUCAAGCAAGAAUACAAAGAAGGAGAAACUAAUCUGGAGGAUGCUUUAGCUUUGGCUAUUCGUGUGAUGAGCAAGACUAUGGAUGCCACUAAGCUUACUCCGGACAAGCUGGAAUUGGCCACUCUUACACGUCACGACAACAAGACUUUUAUCAAAGUUCUUCCCGUCGCACAGGUCAAAGCUUUGAUUUCAGAUCACGAAAAGAAAGAAGCUGCUGAGGCGGCUAAAUCAAAACCGACCACCACAUCUUAAUAAUCUUGUUCGUGUAUCCCAACUUUGAUUAUUUUGGAUUCUGAGAACUUGGAAGUACACAUUUCUGCUAUA